UUGAAAUGUUUCUCAACUGAGCUUGAUGUCAAGAAUCUUCUACUUUUACUUAAACACAUCAGGUCGUGUAAGUCACCAUGCGAGGAAAGAGUUCUUUACAUGUGCAGGUGAGUCUUUAUAAACGCUUUUUAAAAAAUGUAUCAUGAAGGAUGAUUAUUCUCCUUUUUAAAAUAUUAAAUAAAAGAAUAUUUGUUUAGAAAGCAAUUUGAGAUCGGACCAUAUUUCAAAAACCUAUUAAAAUGUUACAUCAUGUUUUACAAUUUGCGCUAAAGCUUGUUUGUCAAUAACAAAAUAAGGCCAUAGCUAGAUGUUAAUAUCUUUCAUUAAGCUAUAUUUAUAAUUGUUUACUUUGAUGUAGAGAUGGCACCAAGUACAGUGGACUGGCUUGUGUACUGGCUUUGUUGUUGGACAGAAUGGACAAUGAUCUUCGCUUGACCGUACCACUUGUUGUGGGAGCCAUUAAGUCUAUUAGACCACAGGUCAUCCCCACACUGGUAAUAAAGUUUUUACACAUAUCAAAAUUUAAAAAAAAACACAAUUAUCCGUUGUACAUUAAAUUAAAUUAAACAUAACUGUAUUACUUCAUAAUAAUUCAUAAAAUAUCUUAUAUUGUGUGGUUGAUUAAUUUCAAAGUAGUAUAUAAUUUUCACUGUAUUAUGUCUAAAACACUUAGAUACUAUUGCCUUUGCAAAAAGUCAAUGGGUGAUAUUUAACUCUCUAUUUUGUCCUUUGUCAACCAGGAUCAGUACAGAAUACUCUACCAAGUGUUACAUCGUUACACUGAGUCUACGUCAUCCUACACUAAC